AUGCUCCCUGCUCUCCCUCUCAAGUCUCCUCAGCCAUCCAUGAAGCCUGGACAGCAACAAACCCCAAAUCAACUCCGAUUGGGCUUCAGACUGAUAAUCCCUUCGUAUCCUUUCCCCACCCAACAACCUACCUCAACCCCCCUCUGGAGAGUGCCCAGACAAAGAGAAUCUCUCACUAGCACCUACACCAAGCCAAUCUACACUCUACAACCUCAAAGGUACCACAACAAAGCCCAAAAUCCCACCCAUAACCCCAACCCAAAACCAUACUCCCCGUCUGGUGCCCAGCAACAGAUGCACACAUCCCAGAAUCCCCAUGUUGCACACGUCACAUACAGCCAGCCCAACGCCAAGCUCCAAGCAACCCGCAAACGGACUCCCGUUUUGGGAACACGGAGUCCUUGUGCAGAUGAUCUAGAUGCGGGCUUUGUCUCGUGUCUGCAUGUGAUGCUUCUCCUCUCUCUCUCUCUUCGCUCUUAA